AUGCACAUCAAACAGAUCAUCAUCCAGGGCUUCAAGAGCUACAAGGACCAAACGGUCAUUGAGCCCUUCUCGCCAAAGCACAAUGUCAUUGUCGGCCGCAAUGGUUCUGGCAAGAGCAACUUCUUCGCCGCCAUCAGAUUCGUCCUGAGCGAUGCAUACACACAGAUGGGUCGCGAAGAGCGACAGGCUCUACUACACGAAGGUUCGGGCUCUGCAGUCAUGUCGGCCUACGUAGAGGUCAUCUUCGACAACACCGACGGCCGCUUCCCUACCGGAAGAGAAGAACUGGUCCUCCGCAGAACUAUCGGCCAGAAGAAGGACGAAUACUCGCUCGAUCGCAAGAAUGCCACCAAAGCAGAUGUCAUGAAUCUCCUCGAAUCUGCGGGUUUCUCACGCUCAAACCCUUACUACAUUGUUCCGCAAGGGCGUGUCACGACCCUCACAAACAUGAAGGACGGCGAGCGAUUGAAUCUCCUCAAGGAAGUCGCUGGUACACAGGUCUACGAAUCACGCAGAACAGAGUCCCUCAAGAUUGUCACCGACACAGACAACAAGCGCGCAAAGAUUGAUGACCUCCUGGCAUACAUCCGCGAGCGACUGGGCGAGCUUGAAGAAGAAAAAGAAGAACUUAGGGCAUACCAAGAGAAGGACCGCGAACGACGCUGUCUCGAAUACGCCAUCUAUCGCAACGAGCAGGAAGAAGUCGCUGAUUGGCUGGCCAGAAUCGACGAAGAACGACAAAACGAUGUCGUCGGUGCCGAUGAACACAGCCAGGACUUCCUCCAGGGCGAAGAAGACCUGAAAGAGAUGGAUGGCCAGAUUAGCCGCCUGAAGCAACAAAUCGACUUCCUCAAUCUCGACAGACAACAGCUCGAAGACGAGCGCAAGGAGGCUUCUCGUGAAAAGGCAAAGGUGGAACUGGACGUCAAGACUCUCACAGAUGGCCAAUCUGCCGCUCAAUCAGCAAGAACUCGUCAUGCCAACGACCUGCAACAAGUUCGCGCCCAGAUCGAGCAGCGUGAAGCGGAACUGGCCGAGAUUCUCCCCAAAUACAAUGCCCAAAAGGAGCAGGAGGCAACUAUCAAGAACCAGCUUGUCGAGGCAGAGGGACAGCGUCAAAGACUGUAUGCCAAACAGGGACGACAGACCCAAUUCCAAAGCAAGCGCGAUAGAGAUACUUGGCUACGCAAGGAGAUUGCAGAGAUCAACGUUGCUAUGGCCACGAGAAAGGCGAUUGCUAUGCAAGCAUCCGAUGAUGUUGCAGCACUCGAGAAAGAGAUCGCGACACUUGAAUCGGAAAUUGCAGAUUUGAGAAGCCGUAUCGACAACCGUGGCGACGAAACACAAACCAUGGCAGCCGAUGUACAAAAGGCCAAGGACGAGAGAGAUCGUCUGAUGGAUCAGCGCAAGGAACUCUGGCGUGAGGAGGCCAAGCUCGAUUCAGUCAUCACCAACGCACAGCAAGAACUCGAAAAGGCAGAACGCUUCCUCUCGCACAUGACAGAUCACAACACAAGUCGAGGUAUUGCAGCAGUCCGUCGUAUUGCUCGCCAACACAACAUCCAAGGUGUAUAUGGUACCCUUGCUGAGCUGUUCGAGCCCACCUCCGACCGAUACAAGACCGCCAUUGAAGUCACUGCUGGAAAUAGUCUUUUCCACUACGUGGUCGACACAGACGAAACUGCUACCAAAGUAUUGGAAAUCCUUCAACGCGAGAAGUCAGGACGAGUCACAUUCAUGCCACUCAAUCGUCUCCGACCAAGACCUGCCAACAUCCCGAACGCGGCUGAUGCGGUACAUCUUCUGACGAAGAUAUCAUACGAGCAGAAGUACGCGAAGGCAUUUGAGCAAGUCUUUGGCAAGACUAUCGUUUGUCCCAAUCUUGCGACCGCCUCACAGUACGCUCGUAGCCAUGGUGUUUCUGCCAUCACACCAGAGGGUGAUCGUGCUGACAAGAAGGGUGCUCUGACUGGUGGUUUCCACGACCCCAGAUCAUCACGUCUUGAUGGUGUACGGAACGUCCAAGUCUGGCGCGCAGAACACGAGAAGCACCGCAAUCGUGGUGAUGAGAUUCGUCGUGAGCUCGAGGCACUGGAUCAGCAAGUCACGAGGGCUGUCAGCAACUUGCAGAAGAUUGAUCAGAAACGUCUGCAAGCCGAGAACAGCUACGGUCCUCUGCGUCAAGAGCUGCGCAACAAGACCAAUGCUUUACAAGGCAAGCACGAGGAGCUUGAGAAGAAGGAGCGUUCUCGUAACGGCGUUGAGCUGGCUGCAAGGCAACUUGGAGAGCAAGGUACUGCCUACGAGACAGAACUGAACACUGAAUUCAGAAAAGCGCUCUCAGCGGCCGAAGAGCGUCAGCUGGAGACACUCGGCACAACUGUACAGACCUUGCGUAAGCAGUUCUCAGAGUUGAGCUCCACACGAUCAGAACUCGAGGGUCGCAAGGCCAGUCUGGAGGUUGAGCUUCGCGAGAACCUUCGUCUGAGACUUGACCAGCUACAAGCUCAAGAUGCCGAGCUCGGUGCUGGUGGUGUUGCAGGUGGCAAUGCGCGUCUUGGUGAGAGACAGAGAGAGCUUGAACGUGCAGACGAAGCCUUGUCAAAUGUCAUGGGCAAACUCGAAGAAGCAGAGGCUUCACUCGAACAAGCACAAACUCAGCUCUCGGAAGCAAACACAUCCCGCGAAGAGAAGCAACGUCAACAAGAAGAGCUCGCUCGCUUCAUCUCCAAGAAGAAGAGAUCGAUGGAGAAGAACACUGCCAAGCGUGCCACACUCAAGGAGAAGGAAGAAGCUGUCGGCAUCAGCAUUCGCAACCUUGGUGUCUUGCCCGAAUCAGCCUUCCAAGAACCAUACACAAGCAUGAACUGGGACAAGGCAGCCAAGAGGCUCAACAAGGUCAAAAAUGCUCUCAAGGGCUAUGGUCAUGUCAACAAGAAGGCUUUUGAACAGUACAACUCUUUCACUCGUCAACGUGAGAGUCUGGAAACUCGUCGCAAGGAACUAGAGAACUCGCUGUCGAGUAUCCAAGAACUCAUCGACGUUCUGGAUCAACGCAAGGACGAAGCCAUCGAGCGUACCUUCCGUCAAGUCAGUAAGGAGUUUGCUCGUAUCUUCGAAAAGCUUGUCCCUGCUGGAAAGGGUAGACUGGUCAUUCAACGCCGUACCGAUCGUAUUGCUCGUGGUGAGAAUGACGAGGAAGAGAGUGGUGAAGACGGUGAGGGUAGAAAGGAUGGCGUUGAGAACUACACUGGUGUUGGUAUCAGUGUCAGUUUCAACAGCAGACACGACGAACAACAACGCAUUCAACAACUCUCUGGUGGACAAAAGAGUCUGUGCGCUCUUGCUCUCGUCUUUGCUAUCCAAGCAUCUGACCCAGCACCCUUCUACCUCUUCGACGAGAUUGACGCAAACCUCGACGCUCAAUACCGUACCGCUGUGGCUCAAAUGCUGUCCGAGUCUUCCGAAUCGGGACAAUUCAUUUGCACAACAUUCAGACCUGAGAUGUUGUUGGUGGCUGAGAAAUGUUAUGGUGUCAGCUACAUCAACAAGACGAGUAGUAUCGAUGUCGUGUCCAAGGAUCAAGCGUUGGACUUUGUCGAGGGACAGGUCAGUGGCAAGUAG